AGCUCUUGCUCCGGGACAGCAAGGAUGUGAAGCUGGGGAGCCGGUUACUACGCGCAGGACUGGACCCGGCGAGCUGCAAAGACGGGCGGUCAACCCAGGAGAACCGAGAGCAGAGCGCGGCGUUCCCGGGAACGGAGCCAUGAGGCCAAGCCCGGUCGGGGCUGGUGGCUCCCAGCCGCGCCGGGGCGCCCUCCGGAGAUGCUGCCGUGGAAGAGGCACAAGUUCGAGCUGCUGGCCGAGGCGCCGCCACGGCAGGCGUCCAAGCCCAAGGGCUACGCCGUAAGCCUGCAUUACUCUGCGCUCAGCUCGCUGGCCCGCGCCUGCCCCGAAGGCGCUCUCAGCCGCGUGGGCAGUAUGUUCCGCUCCAAGCGCAAGAAGCUACACAUCACCAGCGAGGACCCCACGUACACUGUGCUCUACCUGGGCAACGCCACCACCAUCCAGGCGCGCGGCGACGGCUGCACAGACCUGGCGGUGGGCAAGAUCUGGAGCAAGAGCGAGGCUGGCCGCCAGGGCACGAAGAUGAAGCUGACGGUGAGCGCGCAAGGGAUCCGCAUGGUGCACGCGGAGGAGCGCGCGCUGCGCCGCCCGGGCCACCUCUACCUGCUGCACCGUGUCACCUACUGCGUGGCCGACGCGCGACUGCCCAAGGUUUUCGCUUGGGUGUACCGGCACGAGCUGAAGCAUAAGGCGGUGAUGCUGCGCUGCCACGCCGUGCUGGUGUCCAAGCCCGAGAAGGCUCAGGCCAUGGCCUUGUUGCUGUACCAGACAUCAGCAAACGCGCUGGCGGAGUUUAAGCGCCUCAAGCGUCGGGACGAUGCGCGCCACCAGCAGCAGGAGCUGGUUGGGGCGCACACCAUCCCCCUGGUGCCGCUGCGCAAGCUGCUGCUGCACGGACCCUGCUGCUACAAACCCCCGGUAGAGCGCAGCCGCAGCGCCCCUAAGUUGGGCUCCAUCACGGAGGACCUGCUCGGCGAGCAGCAAGAACAGGAGGAAGAGGACGAGGAGGAGCACCCGGAGAGCUGCCUGGAAGAGGAGGACGAAGAGGAAGAGAACGACGAGGAGGAGUGCGUGAGGCAGCGGGACCCAGAGCAGGAGCAGGGUGACGAGCAGAGCACGCUUGUAGUGGCCAUGCACUUGGAGUGCGGAGACUUGCUGGACACGGUGCAGAAUGGCCGCGAGGAGGCGCCGGGCGGCAGGGCCGGGACGCCCACUCCUAUGUCAGAGGACUGUGCCGCCUCCGACGUAAAGGCCCAGCUGUCGCAGCUGAUUAGCGAUUUAGGAGAGCUCAGUUUUGGCAAUGACUUGCGCACCCUGCAGGCUGACUUGCGUGUAACUCGCCUGCUAUCGGGCGAGAGCACGGGCAGCGAGAGCUCCAUCGAGGGCGGGGGUCCCGACGCCACCUCUACCACCACCGCAGGGAACCCAGUCGGCCCCACCGCCAGCUCCGACACUCCCCACUUGGGCUGAACUCCCUGGGGAUUCUGCCGUGCGCGCCUAGCGCUCGACAGGGACUCCCCAACAGUGGUCUAACAACCUCCCUCCUUCCUGCCCCAGGAAAGGGGAACCGGGCACCCCGCCCCCAGGGGCCCAAGGCUAGAGAUCCACUUGGUUGCUUCCUUCCCAACCUGCGCCCCAACCCUGCCUGCUCCGUUGAAGGCGGCUCAGAUUGCUCGUGGGGAUGUGGGGAGAUACAAGAGAAAACCCUAAUAAUAGAGGGACGCCUUAUGCGGUAGAGAGGAGGAGAGGCCGCCAAGGAAUUGGAAAGGUCCAGCUAGGCAGCCAAUUUCCUGUUUGUGUGAGGCGCUGGGCUGAGGAGGGGGCGGGGUUUAACUUCCUCCGGCCCCCUCCCUGGGAGCCACUUUGCACUGACAUUGACUUCUACUUUAAAAAGUCGUGGUCACAACAUCAAGGAUUUAAGGCCACUCCAAUCCCCGGUUCUUUUUAGUGUAAGAGCUUGGGCUGUAUCUCCCGACUCAGACUCUUGAAAAUCUGCCAAAUUCCUCAAAUAAUUGGGGGGUGGGUUAUGAAAGAAAGUUGCAUUUUGUUUACAGUUAAAGACAUCUAAUAUCUUCAAAAAAACCCCAGUUUUCCUUUAGAAACACAUAUCUUCUGCCCCAAAGAUCUCACUCCAUGAUGCUGUGUACAAUAUUUUUGCACUGUUAUGAAAUAUUUUUGACUUUUUGUACAUAACUGUGUUCUCAGAGCUGGAUGUUUAUAUCUCUUUUGCUGUGCAAAAGAAACAUGUAAAAUGUUGUUCAGUUGUAUAUACGGAAAUGUGGAUAAAACGUUUUGUUAUUUUUUUGAGUA